UGCACGUUAGACUUUAGAAGUCUCUCUCUCUCCAUCCCAUGAUUGUGACAAUAGACUUUGUUUGUCAACAAUCCAUAUUCCAGCCUGCAUCGCUUUCACAUAAAGACCAAGACCUGAGCUGGCACGAACACGACCUUUCAGCAACGCCUUUUCCCCGCAACCACAGGUGGCGAGCCGCAUAACUUUCGACCCCUUCGACUGCGAUGAGCAACUUUACCCUGGAGAAUCGCCCGAAAAAGGAUCAGCUUGAUCCUCCCGCCCCAGGCAAAGCGGCUGUGCGAAAGAAAGUCCGACCCACCUAUUCAUGCUUAAAUUGCCAUAAACGCAAAGUUAAGUGCGAUCGUGUCAAACCAUGCGGUGCUUGCUGUCUACGGGGCACUCCCUCGGAAUGUGAUUAUGGCACCAGCAAGCGAGACCGCCAGUAUAUUCAACAAGCAAAUCUCAUUGACAACUUGCUACGCUCUUGUGAGAGCCUGAAGCAGCAGCUGGCGGAGGCUCGUCAGCUUGCCAACAUACCUGCUGUGAAGGCUGAGGAGGGGCCGCUAUCGAGAAGGAGACCACUUCACACGGGCCGAAAGACGGACGAUUGGGACGAUGAAGAUGCACUUGAGGGCUCAGAUUUGCCUAUGGCAGACCCUGAGCAAUCAUCCUUGAUUCCUCGCGAUGCUAUGGUAUUUAGCGAGGACCACGAAGGCAACACAUUUCGGCGAAUUCACAGGUCCACUCCGAUUCUGAAAGAGAAGCGUGUUCUGACAGACCCGAUGGCAGCUGGUGUCGCAAUAGAGUUCUUCAUCGAACGAUUGGUUGAUAACUUCAGCCCGGUCAAUGUCAGCGGCACUAUUGCACUACGUGAGGCCAAAGAGAUGCGAAUACUUUCACCAAUUCUCUACAAGGCUUUUGAAGCAGCAUCACUCACAUUUGCCGGAAGACAAUAUCAUAACAAGGCUCUCGAGGUUGCAGGCAAUUCCAGGUAUAUCAAAGUACUUCAUCUUCUCCAGACGGCGUUGAAUGAACCUGAGGGCAAUCAAUCGACCGAGGUCUUGCUAGUGGUCCUACUGUCUACCAUAAUUGAGGCUUUCAGACAAACGUCGGUAACCUCCAUUUUUCGACACCAGCUGGGUGGCUUGGCGCUACUGCGGGCACGAACCCCUUAUCGCCACCGGCAUGGAGUCGAGAGAUCUCUGUUCGUUGAUCUGCGACUAUACUGGGUUACUGCUGCGUUGGUGCAUCGCAAGCCGACUUUCUUGUCCUCGGACGAAUGGCUCACAGUGCCUUGGUCUUGCGACGGACCGUCAAAAGAUAUCCUUCAACAUCUCCUCGACGUUGCCGUUCAUAUUCCGGGCUACCUCGCACAGAUCGACGAUCUCCAAGCGGCCUUGCAAAAUCCGGCAGUCUCGCCAUCCGAGUUAGUCACAAUGCAGUCCACUAUCUGGGACCGUGCCCUUGAACUGCAAAGCAUGCUCGAGAUGUGGAAGCGUACCUACGCCGACACAUACGCCAGAGGCGGACCACGCGAGGAUUCCAGCCUGGACAUCCAUCCCAGCAAUCAGAAGAGCGGGGCCGAGGGUCGCGGGGAGGACGUCUUCCCCGUCUUCCGGUGUCGCGAUCCCAGCACGAUGCAGAUCACCGCAGCCACCAACCUGGUCUACCCGGAUUUAUUACUAGCCACCUCGAUGUGCUACUACUGGGCGCUCAACCUCGUCAUCACCGUCACCGACACCGGGCUUAUCGACGUACUCGGCCGGCAGGAACGCUACGAGUUCGCCUGCAACAUCUGCCGCAGCAUGAAGUAUUACACCCAAAUGGUCCCCGGCUGCCUGGUCUCGCGGAUCAUGUUCGUGCUCCGCACCGCGUUCGACAACUUCCCCGACGGCAUGGUCGAGAAGCAGUCCAUGUCGGAGCUGUUCGCGUACAUCGGCCGCCGAUAUGCGUUUCCGGUCUUUUCGAACCAAUGUACCUCUUCGUCGGUGAAGGCGGAAAGGGAGUAAAAUAAUUCCACCGAGGACGAAAUCUCUCACUUGCGUUACGAUUGUCUUUGCCUUGAUUUUAACAUCU